AUGUUGCUACCACUUCUGGGAGCCUGUGCCGUGGUGGGCCCAUUCCAGGGCCCCGAGUGGGAGCCAGUAAGAGGCCUGCUGUCCCAGGAUCAAAGCUGCAGGGAUCCCCGGUGCUGUGGUAAUCUGCUUGUCUUCUGCCUCUUUCUGAUCUGGCAGAUCCAACAGUAUUGGUACCGGGUCUCCAGGACCAGCAAGAGGAACGCCAUCAAGGUACCACCGCAGAGAUGGGCAGUGUUAUCCACCAGAUGUGAAACUUUCUUUGGGAUGAUUCACAAAUUCUUUACUCACGGAAAAAUCAGAGACCUGGAUGUUCCUGUCCAACAAUGGACACAGAGGCAGAGAUGGGGAUACAGGAGGAGCCUCAGACAACAAUGGGCCACCCAGUACCUUCUGUCUCCACAGAACUCACGCCAAGACCUGCCUUGGGUUGUCCACAGCUCUUCUGAGCCCAUGAUGUGUACCCCUUCCUUUUCAAGCACUUGUCUCUUCCCUCAGGACAACUUUUGGGAAGUAUGGCAAGUCCCCUCGUGUCCCAGCAGUAGCCAGGCCCACCCUUCCCUGGACAUGUGCCAAAGAAUGGAGCAGCGGCUGGCUUCCUCCCAGGAGAAGUUGGUGUCAAUAGAGCCUGUUAGCCUGAAAUACAACUCCACCUCCACAGCCUUAGCCAUCUCUCUCCCAAACUUCCCUUUAGUUCAGAGGUCAAAGUUCUGCCUCAGAGGGCUUCUGCCUGGUCCUCUUAACCAACAAUCGGAACUGUCCACCAAGAACUCCCUGGAUAGCCCACAAGAUCCCUUAGAACCAGAGGGUAAAACUCAGACAGUAGACAGAGAAUAUAGAGAAGAUACCCUGCAGUACACAGGCCAGAGACAGAGCGGAAAGGAGGUUGCUUCAGAAGUACGAGCAUCUGGAGGCCUCCUCCCUAUAGACUUUGGAGUGGGGAAGGACGGAGAGGCCCUGGGGUGUGGGAAGCAGAGGCUAGUAAGAAGAGAAACUGAUGGAGAAAUCUCAGUGCCAGAGUGGGAGAAGCAAGACCAAACAGGAACUGGAGAUAGAGAACAAACUGAGAAACUACGGGAGAAAAGCCAGAGGGAGCCUGGACAUGAGGAUCCUUUUUCCCAGGCUCGUGUGGGAGAGAAUCAAGAAGAGGUCAGACGUAAAACGGACAUUGCAACUCAGACACCAGAGUGGGGGAGCCGGGAGGAUGCCGUGGAGACCUUGGCUCUGGGGAAGAAGAAUCAGAAAGAAGCUGGAGGGGAGGAAGAGGCAGAGGUCCAGGAGCAAGGACUGGAGACCCAGAGCCGGACUGGACGUAAGAACAGUGAGAAUUCCCAAAUGCGAGGUCAGGGGACACAAGACCCAGUCGGAGGUGAGACUGGUGCAGGAUCUGAGGCGGAGGAAGGAGGAAACAAGGGCCAGGUUGGAAGCGAGGAUGGUGUGAAAAUCCGGACAUCUGGGAGGGAGAACCCGAGAGAACUCCAGCAACAGGGCAGUGAAGAGACCCCGGCCCUGGAGUGGGAGAAACAGGGAUGGAUUAGCACUCAGAAGGAGGAGGAGACCCAAGCUUUGAAGAAAGAGGACCAGAAGCUGUCGAGACGUGAAGUUCAGGUGGGGACGAAGAAGUUCAAGGAGAUAAGAGAGGAGGACUGGGUGGUGAUCCAGGCGCCCUGGUGGGGAAACCAGAGACUCGUGCUGAUCGCAAUCGACCGAGGACUCAAGAUAUCAUGUUGGGGAAAUCAGGGUCAGAUUGGAGGGGAACGCACUGCGGGAAUCCGGCCCCUGGAGAGCGACCGAAGACAAGGUGGAGAUGAUGGGACAAAUAACCUGCCAGCCGAGGCUGAGACUCAGGGUCAACUAAGAGGUAAAACUCCUCUGGAGACUCAGCCAGUAGAGAGCAAGACCGAGGAAAAGACUGAAGAGCAAAGUGAGGUGGACAAGCUGGCACCCGGGAAGAGAAGCCAGAGGGAAGCUGGAGGGGAUGUUGAGGUAAAGACCCAGAGGCCCGAGAGCAGGAUCCUGGGACAGUUGACUGAAACCAGAGGAAGCCGUUCUGCAAGGUGGAGGCGCUGGGGACAGGCUAGAGGAGAGAAGGCUUCAGAAAAUGAGGCCUUGGAGAAGAAAACCUGGGUCAAGGCCGGAAGCGAGGGGGGUAGAAAACUCCAGAGAGCCAGGAGGAAGACUCAGAGGGUGCUAAGGAAAGUUAACGGAAGGACCUACUUGUUAGAGUGGAAGACCCUGCAAAAAACCGGAGGCGGGAACGGUGCAGAAGUUCAAGACCAAAGGAAGAGAAACGUGCGGAACGUCACAGGUGCUAGUGGCCCAGAGAGCCAAGCCUCACUGGGAGAGGACCAGAGACAGUCAGUGGGCAAAAGUGAUGGAAAGAUUCGGACCCAGGGGCAAAGAAUCCAGAGCAGGGGUAGAGCUGUUGCUGCAGAGACCCAGGCUGUAGGGGCCCAGAGAAAAUGCGGAGCUGAGGAGUCGGACCAGUCUCCUACGCGGAGGAGAGGAGACAAGGGCCAGGUCAGAAGAAAGGAUGUUGUCAGGUGCAGUCUUCAAGGCGACUCUUCCGUGAGGGAGGGGCCCACAGGCCAGAAGCACAGCUUGGCUCAGCCUGCUUCUCUCAUCUUUAGACAUGGAACCCCUAGACCCAAGCAGCCAGUAGCUGGAAAUGGUAUAGAGUCUGCUCCCUGUCCUGAAGAACAUCUAAAUAGGCAGGGCCGGGUCCCUGCCCGGAAGCCUAGAGGCGGGGUCAGUGGAGGCUCCCAGAGGGCCCCACCUGGGUCUCAAAGAAGACAAGAAAGGGGCAAAAGGGUGGAGCCAGCACCGGCUGCCAGCCUGACCUGCCAGCACCACCCACAGCCUCAGCCAUCCUCUGUCUUUCCCUCUCUCCUGUGCCCCCAAGGCCCCCAGGCUGCCUCGGCUCCAGCAAGCGUACCCGUGGUUCUCUCCACUCUGUCCAAACGGCCGGCCCUCAAGAAGAGCAAACACCUGCUCCUGGAAUCCCUCAUGAAGAGGAGGAUUGCACACCUGAGGUGGGGCCUCCCUCGACGGAUCCUGGAGUCUUACCUGCUUUUUCACUUCUUAGAAUCUUGCUCUUUGCCUCGGGCUGGAGCGAGACCGCCUGGAUCACGCACAGACCAGGACCGCCAAAGGCCACAGGCUCAGCACUGUGAGCCCCAGGGAUCCCUGCUAGCCCCCGAGUCCCCAGGCAGGUCUCAAAGCCGUCCAGUUCCUGAAAGAAGAAGCUCAAAACUUUCUACCCAAGUCCAGCCUCCGGAGAAGUGUAAGCCACCCAAGUCAGAGGCAACGCGCAGCUCCGUUCCACCUAAGAAACCCAGGAGAAUCAGACCACCAGGGGGAGCAAGAGAACCACAGAUGCAAGAGGAGGCCCCUAAGGCCAAGAAUCCUGCCCCGAGGAUUCCCAGGCCAGCAGCAGAGUCGAGGAGCUGGUGUGGCCCAGGACAGGUCCAAGAGCUUUCCAUUGGGAGCAGCAAGGGCAGAAAAAUGGUCAGGCCUGGAGUCUCCCAUGUGGAGAGGGCUUCCAGCAGAGGGAGGGCCCCAUCCUGCACAGAAGGCCGCAACCACUGGAAGGAAUGCGUACCAAGGGAAGCCUCUGAGCUCCCCAGACACAAAAGUCAGCAGCAGUCCACAUACCUGAGAAGUGGAAGCAUGGGACCUGCCGAGGGCAGAGGGGGCUGGCAGCCACCUUUCCUCCGUUCUGCACAUACCUCCAGCUUCAAAGGGACUGUCCACUCUGCCACAGCCAGGCUGAGCAUGACAAUCUUGAGCAAGAUGCCAUGGUCACCACAGCUGGCUAAGCCCCAGAUUUCAGCUCCUUUUCUCACCCCGAGGAAUCCUACCCCAUUUCCCAAAGUGAGUGCCCCAUUUACAAAGGGGGACAGCACCAGAGUCCCCACUGCUUUGGAGAGGGACCUUGAGCUACCAGGGCAUUGCUGUACAGGAAUAAUUGUUCCCAAGAUGGAGAGCUUCAAGGAACAGGAGGCACCUGGGAACCCAAAUGGGGCACCCCGAAAUCCAGCAGUCUCACAAAAGUUUGGUUUUAUGAGACACUUGAGAUAUUUUCUCAGACAGUAUGGCCUUAAAAAGUAG